CAAACCUUAAUAAGAAUCGAGUGCUUGUAGCGAUCGCAGAGAACAAACAGAAAGCCAGCUGGCAGGAGCCGAGCGCUGCCGCUGCGCUUUGAUUGCUCCUAACACCAAAAACCAGAUUAGUACUUUAAAAAAAAAAAAAUGGCUUUCUUAAUUUCUUUUAUCUCCGAUCCUGUAUUAACGGGUCUGCUGUGUGCAGCAGCGUUGUUAGCUGUACUCUAUUUUGCAACCGGCUCUAAAAACUCAGCGUUUAAAUUGCCUCCUGGUCCAACUCCUCUUCCGAUCAUUGGUAACCUGCAUUUGGUGGAUAUCAGAAGGCAAGAUAAGUCACUAAUGAAGCUUGCAGAAGAAUACGGCCCGGUCUUCACCCUCCAUUUUGGCUUCCAGAAAGUUGUGGUCCUGACUGGGUACGAAGUUGUGCGGGAGGCGCUUGUGAACUACACAGAGGAGUUUGUAGACAGACCAUCCAUCCCAAUAUUUGACCAAAUUCAGAACGGAAACGGUGUGUUCUUCUCCAUCGGCGACCUGUGGAGAACAACGCGCAGGUUCACCGUCUCCAGCAUGCGCAACCUCGGCAUGGGGAAGCAGACGAUGGAAGGGAAAGUUUGUGAGGAGCUUCACUUCCUCAUUGAGAAGAUCAAAUCCUUCAAAGGGGAACCUUUCAGCCUGAGGUCCUUCAGCAUCGCUCCGAUCAACAUCACCUUCCUCAUGCUCUUUGGGGACAGGUUUGACUAUAAGGAUCCGACAUUUCUCACUCUCUUACGACUCAUAGAUGAAGUUAUGGUCCUUCUGGGAUCUCCGUACUUGAACUAUUUCAAUUUCUACCCAUUCCUUGGAUUUCUUUUCAAAACCCACAAGAUUUUGCUUAAGAAAAUAGAAGACGUGCGUGUCAUUAUAAGGCAAUACAUGAAGGCGAGCAGGGAAGAUAUCAGUGAGAACAGUGUGAGGAGCUACACCGAUGCACUGGUAUUCAAGCAGCACGAGGAGAAAAACAAGAAAGACAGCCUCUUCCACGAUGACAACUUAAUAGCAUCCAUUCUCGACCUGGUCAUGGCGGGGACAGAGACCACGGCCACCACGCUGCAGUGGGCCAUCCUGCUGAUGAUGAAAUACCCGGAGAUCCAAAAAAAGGUGCAGGAGGAGAUUGGAAGAACUGUCAAAGCCGGAAGCUGGGCCACAUAUGAGGACCGCAAGAACAUGCCAUUUACAAACGCCGUGAUCCACGAAGUGCAGAGGUUCAUCACCCUCCUGCCCCACGUUCCCCGCUGCACCGCUGUGGACACCCACUUCAGGGGUUACUUCCUUCCCAAGGGUAUAAUUGUCAUCCCAUCGCUCACCUCAGUGCUGCUGGAUAAGACGCAGUGGGAGACACCACACCAGUUCAACCCCAACCACUUCCUUGAUGCUGAAGGGAACUUUGUCAAGAGGGAGGCUUUCCUGCCCUUCUCCACAGGGCGAAGGAACUGCAUCGGAGAAAGCCUCGCCAAGAUGGAGCUGUUUGUCUUCUUCGUGGGGCUGCUGCAGAUGUUCACUUUCCAACCUCAGCCGGGAGUUUCAGAGGCCGACCUGGACCUGACCGUCCCCGAAACGACUUUUACAUUAAGGCCUCGGCCUCAGGCGACCUGUGCCAUCCUGCGCGAAUAGGCAGGGCCCGCUGCAGGGCAGCCAGGCAGGGACGCUGCCAAGGCCCAGCUUAGCUAUGCUAGGACUCACCACUCCAUCCCAACAUGCCACACUGUCGUAUUUCCCUCCCUCUGUCUCCGUCCACUCCCGCCCCUACAUCUCCCCAUAGGUCACUGACCUGCUCUUUGCUCCCGUGCUGUGAGGGGUGCAGACGGUCAAUGAGGAAGCGCAAUCCUGGUGACACUCCCAGAGAGGGACACUGAGCAGCUGAAGGACCUGGGGGUGUGUGUCCGUGAGAUGUAGGUGUGACAUCCACACUUCAACUGCAAAGGAGUGAGGCUCACAACACUGCAGAAAUCUGCCCAAAAUUCCCAGUCAAGACACACCAGGUUCAUCGGGAGCCGCAGAAAUAUGCUGCAGCUGCUUCCUGAGCCAAGCUCUCUAAUUAGCCAGAGCUUCCAGCAAAAUCCCACUGGGGCAGGCAGCCAAGUCAAGCACUGAGAGUGCAAAACCCGACCCAUCCAUGGGCUGUGGGGAUGAAGUUCUUACGCCUUGCAACACAGUCCUGAAAGACACCUUCCAGUCUGCAAACCUGUUUAGAUAGCCAGGAGUUGCUGCCACCACGUUCAGUGCUGCUCCACAGUCUGAAUGGGAGAAGAUCUACAUUUAUAAGUUUCCAGUUAACAUUCCUACCAGCAAGUGACCAUAAAAGGCUAAUGAUACAGGAAAAUAAACCAGACUCAUUUCUA